AUGGAAGAGCCCGCGCAAGCGGGCCAAGUUCUCUUCAAGAGCUCUUUUUUUCUCGCUCUUCUGAGGCUCGCUUGGCAGCUUCUUUUGUGCCAAUUAAAUGUGUCAAAAUCCUCUACCAAAGUCGCUGUACUGCGCACCACAACGAAGCAUUCGACAACUUGGCCACACACCCGCAUGCUGCCUGCCGCCUUGUCGCUCGUAGCGCUGCUCGCGUCUUCUUUCGCGGAACCACUGAUCUCACCACUGUUGCUACCACAGUUGACGUUUGUGUGCCCGCCGGUGAAAGCGUCCCGAGCACGCCCGCAUUCGCUCGACGACACGUUCUGCUUCAACUUUGAUGUGGACUCAGAGUCUGGAUCAUUCACGUUUUCAAUAGACGUUUCUGACACGCUAUGCUACCAAGUCGACUGGGGCCGCGCCGGCCCCAGCAGUGGGGAAAGGGGAAAACAAACGCUCGAUGUGAGCGUCACCGACAGCCGCGGAAACCUCCUGAGAGCGCGUCGAGGGCUGCUUGCCGGACGAACUGUCCUCCACCUAGCGUGCCCAGACCAUGCCACGUCUCUGAAAUUCUGUUUCGCAAAUCGGGUUUUUGACGGGUCCUGGAAGUCUAUUGAUUUUGACAAAACUGUCACUGUCGCCCUGCUCAACUGCGACAGCGCCCGAAAAGAGACGCUUGAAACAGAGCUCCGCGAAACGCGCAGCAGGCUUGAGACCGUGUCACGGGCGCUGUUCCCGCUAGUUGCAGAGAGGCAAAGCCAAGAGCUUUUUAUCCUAGAGCGACAGCGCCGCAACAUCAACGAGGACACAUUCCCCAAAAUUCUGCUGCACCAGGUUUUGAUCUGCUCCGUAGCAUGCAUCGCCAACGUCGUAGUGGUGCGCUACGCGGCAUCGCGAGCGAAUCGAGGCCCCCUUCGCCGCUCCGCCAAGGGCGCAUGCUAG